CCCCGCCAUCCCCCAACACAUCAACUAAUUGAAACCACAUGUUCCGACCCCUCACCACUCUAUCCCGCAAAAUGGCCCCCGUCGAACGCAUCACCCUCUUCAAGAUCCCCAAUGAGGCUGAUCGCGAUCGCGUCUUGGAGCAGUAUAAGGUUAUGGCUAAGACGGCGCUGAAGGACGGAAAACCAUAUAUCCUCAAUGCCGCCGCCGGCCCAUCAUUCCCCGACCCGCGCAACAAGGGCUUCAAUCUAUCCGUGAAGACGACGUUCGCGUCGAUGGAGGACAUGAAGUUUUACGACGAGCAUUGCGAGGCGCAUAAGGCGCUGAAGGCGGUGGUGGGCCCCGUGAGGGAGGAUAUCUUGACGAGUUAUUUCCAGAGCGUGUUGUGAUUCUUCUUUCUACUGUCAUUGUUGUUGUUAUUAUUGUUAUUCUUAUUAUGGAUGUAUGUUCGUUCUGCUGGCUUGGGUGUACAAGAGGCGGGGUGUUAUUUACUUUACUUUACACGG